CCGGCGCAUGCAACAGCUCCUUCACUUUUCACUUUUCUUCUUGGACAGACGACAUAAAAUCUAGAAAUGCAGCUUCAAGUUUUCAUUGCUUUGUGCGUGGUCUUUGUGUGCGGUGUUGAUGGCCGCCAUGCAGAUUUUCAACGACGCCGUUUUCUAGAAGAGUACAGAGCGUUUAGCGGAUCUGGAGAAAUGGCGACCGAUAACAAGAGGGACCAGUUUCUACAAAAGGCUAGACAUAAGGCGGUCAAUGGAGCAAUGAGUGGGUCUGGGGAAAUGGCGACCGAUAUCCAGAGCGACCUGUUUCUUCAAGAAGAGGCUAGGGAUCACGGGGCCAAUGGAGCAACAAGUGGGUCUGGGGAAAUGGCGACCGAUAACAAGAGGGACCAGUUUCUUCAAAAGGCUAGAGAUAAGGCGGUCAAUGGAGCAAUGAGUGGGUCUGGGGAAAUGGCGACCGAUAUCCAGAGCGACGUGUUUCUUCAAGAAAAGGCUAGGGAUCACGGGGUCAAUGGAGCAACAAGUGGGUCUGGGGAAAUGGCGACCGAUAACCAGAGCGACGAGUUUCUACAAAAGGCUAGAGAUAAGGCGGUCAAUGGAGCAACAAGUGGGUCUGGGGAAAUGGCGACCGAUAUCCAGAGCGACGUGUUUCUUCAAGAAAAGGCUAGGGAUCACGGGGUCAAUGGAGCAACAAGUGGGUCUGGGGAAAUGGCGACCGAUAUCCAGAGCGACGUGUUUCUUCAAGAAAAGGCUAGGGAUCACGGGGUCAAUGGAGCAACAAGUGGGUCUGGGGAAAUGGCGACCGAUAUCCAGAGCGACGUGUUUCUUCAAGAAAAGGCUAGGGAUCACGGGGUCAAUGGAGCAACAAGUGGGUCUGGGGAAAUGGCGACCGAUAUCCAGAGCGACGAGUUUCUUCAAGAAGAGGCUAGGGAUCACGGGGUCAAUGGAGCAACGAGUGGGUCUGGGCAAAUGGCGACCGAUAUCCAGAGCGACGAGUUUCUUCAAGAAAAGGCUAGGGAUCACGGGGUCAAUGGAGCAACGAGUGGGUCUGGGCAAAUGGCGAUCGCUAACCUGAGGGCCUACCUUCUCCAGGAAGAGAUUCGAGAUAACAAUGUCAUUGGAGAAGCAAACUCUAAAAACUGGCCAUAUGCGAUGAUUGAAUUUGCAAGUCUGCUUGGUAGAUGUAUUACAUCACGAGCUGUGACAGAGUCUCUGCCCAACAAACCUAAAAACAAAUUCCUGACUGUUGCUUGUCCGCUUAUAUUGGAAGCGGUUGAAUCUAAGUCGAAAGAGAAAGUGAAAGAUGAAAUACGGGACUUUGGUCGAAAGAAUUUUGGUCUUUUACAGUGUGUGAACCUUCUUGCUGAAAGGGACAAUGUUGAAGCCAUAACAAAAUCAAAGAAUUCUCGACGAUACAAGCAAGCAGGACUGAGAGCUGAAACUACAACGCCAUGGCCAAUGGACGAAAUGUCGAAAGUUCUGUUUCAAGAGUCGAUAGACCUAUAUGAUUUGUGUCUGCAGACAAUUGCCAACACUAGUCAAUCUCCCGAGUACUUGGAGGCAAGAACGAACCCUGAAAAGCGUCUUAUUGUCACUCUCGGGCUUGCCCUUGUUGUUGGAGCAGCACAGGUAUAUCAAGCGGGAUAAAAGAAACCUUGUUUUAUCGAAGGUAUCGAGUGCCAUCUUGUUAUUUUUGACUAUUUUAUUUUAACUUUUUUAUUGUUAUUUUAAUUUUUUUUAUUGUUAAUGAGUUGUUAAUGAGAAAUAUCAUUAAAUUUUGCUUAAAAGUA